AUGGUUCUCUCUUUCUUCCCCUUCUCUUCUCUCUCUUCCCCUCUUUCUCCUCCUCCUCCUCUUCUCCUUCUUUCCUUUACCUUCUUUUCCCCUUGUCUACUCUUUCCUUCUCUUCUCCUUCUUUUCUCUUUCUUUCCUUCUCUUUCUCCUCCUCUUCUGCUCUUUCUUUCCUUUCUUCUCUUUCUUCCCAUUCUCUUCUCCGCCUCCUUCUCUUGUCUUCCUUUCCCUUCUCUACUUCUUCUCAUCCUUCUCUUCUCUUUCUUCCCCUUCUCUUCCCUUUCUCACACUUCUCUUCUUUUUCUUCCCCCUCUCUUUUUCUUCCCAGUCUCUUCUCUUUCUUUCCCUUCUCUUCCUUUUCCCACUUCUCUUCUCUUUCUUCCGGGUCUCUUCUCUUUCGUCCUUUUCUCUUUCCUUUUUCCCCUUUCUCUUUUCCUUCUUCCCCUUGUAUUCUCUUUCUUCCCCUUCUCUUCUCCGCCUCCUUCUCUUGUCUUCAUUUCCCUUCUCUUCUCCGCCUCCUUCUCUUGUCUUCCUUUCCCUUCUCUAUUUCUUCUCAUCCUUCUCUUCUCUUUCUUCCCCUUCUCUUCCUUUUCCCACUUCUCUUCUCUUUCUUCCGGUCUCUUCUCUUUCGUCAUUUUCUCUUUCCUUUCCCCCCUUUUCUUUUCCUUCUUCCCUUUGUCUCUCUCUCUUCCCCUUCUCUUCUCCGCCUCCUUCUCUUGUCUUCCUUUCCCUUCUCUACUUCUUCUCAUCCUUCUCUUCCCACUUCUCUUCCUUUUCCCACUUCUCUUCUCUUUCUUCCGGGUCUCUUCUCUUUCGUCCUUUUCUCUUUCCUUUUCCCCUUUUCUUUUUCCUUCUUCCUUGUCUUCUCUUUCUUCCCUUCUCUUCUCCGCCUCCUUCUCUUGUAUUCCUUUCCCUUCUCUAUUUCUUCUCAUCCUUCUCUUCUCUUUCUUCCCCUUCUCUUCCUUUUCCCACUUCUCUUCUCUUUCUUCCGGGUCUCUUCUCUUUCGUCCUUUUCUCUUUCCUUUUCCCCCUUUCUCUUUUCCUUCUUCCCCUUGUCUUCUCUUUCUUCCACUUCUCUUCUCCGCCUCCUUCUCUUGUAUUGCUUUCCCUUCUCUAUUUCUUCUCAUCCUUCUCUUCUGUUUCUUCCCAUUCUCUUCCUUUUCCCACUUCUCUUCUCUUUGUUCCUCGUCUCUUCUCUUUCGUCCUUUUCUCUUUCCUUUUUCCCCUUUCUCUCUUUCCUUCUUCCCCUUGUCUUCUCUUUCUUCCCUUCUCUUCUCCGCCUCCUUCUCUUGUCUUCCUUUCCCUUCUCUACUUCUUCUCAUCCUUCUCUUCCCCCUUCUCUUCCUUUUCCCACUUCUCUUCUCUUUCUUCCGGGUCUCUUCUCUUUCGUCCUUUUCUCUUUCCUUUUUCCCCUUUCUCUUUUUCCUUCUUCCCCUUGUCUUCUCUUUCUUUCCCUUCUCUUCUCCGCCUCCUUCUCUUGUCUUCCUUUCCCUUCUCUAUUUCUUCUCAUCCUUCUCUUCUCUUUCUUCCCCUUCUCUUCCUUUUCCCACUUCUCUUCUCUUUCUUCCGGGUCUCUUCUCUUUCGUCCUUUUCUCUUUCCUUUUUCCCCUUUCUCUCUUUCCUUCUUCCCCUUGUCUUCUCUUUCUUCCCCUUCUCUUCUCCGCCUCCUUCUCUUGUCUUCCUUUCCCUUCUCUAUUUCUUCUCAUCCUUCUCUUCUCUUUCUUCCCCUUCUCUUCCUUUUCCCACUUCUCUUCUCUUUCUUCCGGGUCUCUUAUCUUUCGUCCUUUUCUCUUUCCUUUUUCGCCUUUCUCUUUUCCUUCUUCCCCUUGUCUUCUCUUUCUUCCCCUUCUCUUCUCCGCCUCCUUCUCUUGUCUUCCUUUCCCUUCUCUAUUUCUUCUCAUCCUUCUCUUCUUUUCUUCCCCUUCUCUUCCUUUUCCCUUCUCUUCUCUUUCUUCCGGUCUCUUCUCUUUCGUCCUUUUCUCUUUCCUUUUCCCCCUUUCUCUUUUCCUUCUUCCCCUUGUCUUCUCUCUCUUCCCCUUCUCUUCUCCGCCUCCUUCUCUUGUCUUCCUUUCCCUUCUCUACUUCUUCUCAUCCUUCUCUUCCCACUUCUCUUUCUUUUCCCACUUCUCUUCUCUUUCUUCCGGGUCUCUUCUCUUUCGUCCUUUUCUCUUUCCUUUUUCCCCUUUCUCUUUUCCUUCUUCCCCUUGUCUUCUCUUUCUUCCCCUUCUCUUCUCCGCCUCCUUCUCUUGUAUUCCUUUCCCUUCUCUAUUUCUUCUCAUCCUUCUCUUCUCUUUCUUCCCCUUCUCUUCCUUUUCCCACUUCUCUUCUCUUUCUUCCUCGUCUCUUCUCUUUCGUCCUUUUCUCUUUCCUUUUCCCCCUUUCUCUUUUCCUUCUUCCCCUUGUCUUCUCUUUCUUCCCCUUCUCUUCUCCGCCUCCUUCUCUUGUAUUCCUUUCCCUUCUCUAUUUCUUCUCAUCCUUCUCUUCUGUUUCUUCCCCUUCUCUUCCUUUUCCCACUUCUCUUCUCUUUCUUCCUCGUCUCUUCUCUUUCGUCCUUUUCUCUUUCCUUUUUCCCCUUUCUCUCUUUCCUUCUUCCCCUUGUCUUCUCUUUCUUCCCAUUCUCUUCUCCGCCUCCUUCUCUUGUCUUCCUUUCCCUUCUCUACUUCUUCUCAUCCUUCUCUUCCCCCUUCUCUUCCUUUUCCCACUUCUCUUCUCUUUCUUCCGGGUCUCUUCUCUUUCGUCCUUUUUCUCUUUCCUUUUUCCCCUUUCUCUUUUUCUUCUUCCCUUGUCUUCUUUUCUUUCCCUUCUCUUCUCCGCCUCCUUCUCUUGUCUUCCUUUCCUUCUCUAUUUCUUCUCAUCCUUCUCUUCUUUCUUCCCCUUCUCUUCCUUUUCCCACUUCUCUUCUCUUUCUUCCGGGUCUCUUCUCUUUCGUCCUUUUCUCUUUCCUUUUUCCCCUUUCUCUCUUUCCUUCUUCCCCUUGUCUUCUCUUUCUUCCCCCUUCUCUUCUCCGCCUCCUUCUCUUGUCUUCCUUUCCCUUCUCUAUUUCUUCUCAUCCUUCUCUUCUCUUUCUUCCCCUUCUCUUCCUUUUCCCCUUCUCUUCUCUUUCUUCCGGUCUCUUCUCUUUCGUCCUUUUCUCUUUCCUUUUUUCCCCUUUCUCUUUUCCUUCUUCCCCUUGUCUUCUCUUUCUUACCCUUCUCUUCUCCGCCUCCUUCUCUUGUCUUCCUUUCCCUUCUCUAUUUCUUCUCAUCCUUCUCUUCUCUUUCUUCCCCUUCUCUUCCUUUUCCCCCUUCUCUUCUCUUUCUUCCGGUCUCUUCUCUUUCGUCCUUUUCUCUUUCCUUUUUUCCCCUUUCUUUUCCUUCUUCCCCUUGUCUUUCUUUCUUCCCCUUCUCUUCUCCGCCUCCUUCUCUUGUCUUCCUUUCCUUCUUUAUUUCUUCUCAUCCUUCUCUUCUCUUUCUUCCCCUUCUCUUCCUUUUCCACUUCUCUUCUCUUUCUUCCGGGUCUCUUAUCUUUCGUCCUUUUUUCUCUUUCCUUUUUCCCUUUUCUCUUUUUCCUUCUUCCCUUGUCUUCUCUUUCUUCCCCUUCUCUUCUCCGCCUUCUUCUCUUGUCUUCCUUUCCUUCUCUAUUUCUUCUCAUCCUUCUCUUCUCUUUCUUCCCCUUCUCUUCCUUUUCCCCUUCUCUUCUCUUUCUUCCGGGUCUCUUCUCUUUCGUCCUUUUCUCUUUCCUUUUUCCCCUUUCACUUUUCCUUCUUACACUUGUCUUCUCUUUCUUCCCCUUCUCUUCUCCGCCUCCUUCUCUUGUCUUCCUUUCCCUUCUCUAUUUCUUCUCAUCCUUCUCUUCUCUUUCUUCCGCUUCUCUUCCUUUUCCCACUUCUCUUCUCUUUCUUCCUCGUCUCUUCUCUUUCGUCCUUUUCUCUUUGCUUUUUCCCCUUUCUCUCUUUCCUUCUUCCCCUUGUCCUCUCUUUCUUCCCCUUCUCUUCUCCGCCUCCUUCUCUUGUCUUCCUUUCCCUUCUCUAUUUCUUCUCAUCCUUCUCUUCUCUUUCUUCCCCUUCUCUUCCUUUUCCCACUUCUCUUCUCUUUCUUCCGGGUCUCUUCUCUUUCGUCCUUUUCUCUUUCCUUUUUCCCCUUUCACUUUUCCUUCUUCCCCUUGUCUUCUCUUUCUUCCCCUUCUCUUCUCCGCCUCCUUCUCUUGUCUUCCUUUCCCUUCUCUAUUUCUUCUCAUCCUUCUCUUCUUUUCUUCCCCUUCUCUCUUCCUUUCCCCUUCUCUUCUCUUUCUUCCUCGUCUCUUCUUUUUCGUCCUUUUCUCUCCCUUUUCCCCUUUCUCUCUUUCCUUCUUCCCCUUUGUAUUCUCUUUCUUCCCUUCUCUUCUCCGCCUCCUUCUCUUUCUUCCUUUCUCCUUCUAUUUCUUCUCAUCCUUCUCUUCUUUUUCUUCCCCGUCUCUUCUCUUUCUUCCCCUUCUCUUCCUUUUCCCACUUCUCUUCUCUUUCUUCCGGGUCUCUUCUCUUUCGUCCUUUACUCUUUCCUUUUUCCCCUUUCACUUUUUUCCUUCUUUCCCUUGUCUUCUUUUCUUCCCCUUCUCUUCUCCGCCUCCUUCUCUUGUCUUCCUUUCCCUUCUCUAUUUCUUCUCAUCCUUCUCUUCUCUUUCUUCCCCUUCUCUUCCUUUUCCCACUUCUCUUCUCUUUCUUCCUCGUCUCUUCUUUUUCGUCCUUUUCUCUUUCCUUUUUCCCCUUUCUCUCUUUCCUUCUUCCCCUUCUCUUCUCUUUCUUCCCCUUCUCUUCUCCGCCUCCUUCUCUUGUCUUCCUUUCCCUUCUCUAUUUCUUCUCAUCCUUCUCUUCUUUUUCUUCCCCGUCUCUUCUCUUUCUUCCCCUUCUCUUCCAUUUUCCCACUUCUCUUCUCUUUCUUCCGGGUCUCUUCUCUUUCGUCCUUUUCUCUUUCCUUUUUCCCCUUUCUCUCUUUCCUUCUUCCCCUUGUCUUCUCUUUCUUACCAAUCUAUCAGUCAUCUUGUUCCCAUUAUUUGUCUUUGUUCCUUUUCAUUCUUCUCUCUUCUCCCAACUUUAACCUUUCACUUCUCUCUGUCUCUCUCUUUCAUCUCUCUCACUCACUCGCCACACUUUUAUUCUCCCCCUUCUUAUACUUGUCUUUUUCAAAUCUUCAUCCUCAUCUCAUUGAUAUGCGGCAUUCUAAUUUAACAUUUCGUCUUACCCGCCAUUCUCAAUACUCCUCUUUAUUUCUCUCUCUCACUCCCUCUCACUCGCUUUCUCUCUUUGUCUCCUCUUCUCAUUGUUCUCUUUUUACUUGCAUAUCAUUAAUUUUUUUUUUAUCUCUCAAUCCUUUUCACCAUUACUCGAUCCGCCCUUGGUGCUCUCUCUCUUUCUUUCCCUUCUCUUCUCUUUCUUCCCCUUCUCUUCUCUUUCUUCCCCUUCUCUUCUCUUUCUUCUCCUCUUUUUUCCCCUUCUCUUUCUUCCCAUUCUCUCGCCUUUCUUUCCUUUCACUUCUUUUACCCCUACUCUAG